CACCGUACACAGAGAUAGAGAGAGACGGACGGACGGACGGACGGCCGUUUCAACGUGAUUCAUUAGUGGGCAAGCAGAGACCGGCUGGUCGCGAGCUGACUUUGGACCGCUUCCCUCGCGUGCGGCGCGUCCCCCUUCUCGUCUGCGCUGGAUCUGUCGUGUAAGAAAAUGUGCGUGGAGAGCGAUGGAUGCGAGAUUGAAGGCUGCAGCAGUUCGGAUGAGGUGCACACGCUCUCGGGCAGAAUGAGCCCCGGACUGAAGUCCAACCCGGACCUCCACCCGUGCAAACCCGGACAGAAAUUCCGCGCCGCGCUCCUGAGGUGCCGCUCUCCCACCGCCGCCGCCGGCAUCCUCAGCUUUGGGAAUGUCCUCAAUUAUAUGGAUAGAUACACCGUGGCUGUGUUCAUCUGCAGUUUCAUGGUGGCAGCUCCCAUCUUCGGUUACCUGGGCGACCGCUUCAACAGAAAGGUCAUCCUGAGCUGUGGCAUUUUCUUCUGGUCCAUUGUCACCCUGUCCAGCUCCUUCAUCAGUAAAGAGUACUACUGGCUGUUCGUACUUUCCAGAGGGCUGGUGGGUAUUGGCGAGUCCAGCUAUUCGUCCAUCUCUCCCACCAUCAUAGGAGACUUAUUCACCAAUAACAGCCGCACCAUGAUGUUGUCCGUCUUCUACUUGGCCAUUCCUCUUGGAAGUGGGCUGGGUUACAUUCUGGGCUCUACUGCCAAAGAGGCAGCAGGAGACUGGCACUGGGCAUUGAGGGUGUCUCCGCUCUUGGGGAUAACAGCAGGAACUCUGAUCCUGCUCUUUGUGCCUGAACCAAAGAGAGGCAGUGCUGACAAGCUAGGAGGACGCAUCAAGACCCGCACCUCCUGGUUCUGUGACAUGAAGGCUCUGGCCAAGAAUCGGAGCUAUGUGUUCUCCUCCCUGGCAUCUUCGGCGGUGUCCUUUGCCACUGGUGCGUUCGGUAUGUGGAUCCCUCUCUACCUGUUCAGAGCCCAGGUGGUGCAGAAGACUGCGGAGGUCUGUACCAAAGAGAUCUGCAGCAGCAAAGACAGUCUUAUCUUUGGUGCCAUCACCUGUGUAACGGGGCUGUUAGGGGUGGUGAUCGGGGCGGCCACCACACGCAUGUGUCGCCAGAGGACUGAGCGAGCCGACCCUCUGGUGUGUGCCGUCAGCAUGCUUGGCUCGGCCAUCUUCAUCUGCCUCAUCUUCGUGGUGGCCAAAAAGAGCAUCAUCGGAGCUUAUGUCUGUAUUUUCAUCGGGGAGACGCUGCUGUUCCUGAACUGGGCCAUCACAGCGGAUAUUUUAAUGUUUGUUGUUAUUCCCACGCGGAGAGCUACGGCAGUGGCCUUCCAGAGCUUCACCUCUCAUCUUCUAGGUGACGCAGGGAGCCCCUACCUGAUCGGCCUGAUCUCGGAUGCCCUGCAGGAGAGCUAUGCUACGUCAGUGCUGUGGCAGUUCCUCAGUUUGGGCUAUGCCCUCAUGCUCUGUCCCUUUGUCAUUGUCCUGGGGGGCAUGUUCUUCCUGGCCACGGCACUGUUUUUCCUGGACGACAGAGAGAAGGCUGAAAAACAGUUGAGUCAGCUGGCACAGCAGGCUGCCUCCGUCAAGGUAUGACCAGGUGAAAACCGAAUGAGGAGACAACUACACGAGCAACAGAACUCAAUAAGGACAACAUAAAGGAGAUAAACUGAGAGAACAGCUGAUCCUCCGCUUUAGACACAAGCCAGCUAUCUUUCACAUCCUCCUCACUGUCGCCCUCAUCUCCAUCUUCAUCUUGGCUCUCACUUCCUACUUUUGUACAUGCUGGGGAGGCCAUUGAUAACUGGGAAGAGGGAGCGUCUUGCCCCUCCUUAAAACGCCUCUGAAUCACAGGCUGGUGAGGAAAAGGGCACACAGCAGUGUGUGUUCCAGCCGGCCGACUUGACAGCCGGUGUCCUCUUCACCUCUGUCUACUCGCAUCCACUGAACCAACUGGGGAGAUAGCAGGGGUGAGAAAGAACCCCUGCCCCCCCCCCGCCCCGCCAAUGUCAUACUACUGAAUGCUGACCAUGAAACUGCCCCCUCUGUCUGACUGUCUGUCUGCCUGUCUGUCUGUUCAAUGGUUUUUCUGUGUCCGUCUGUUCAUCUGUACGUCUGUUGUGUUGGCUACCAAUGUGCACCAAGUGCCAUAGCACUGUUACAUUCCUUCAGACUUUGCACUGACCACUAUCAACCUUCAUGACAUCACUGACUAAGCUUCCAUGCAGAUAAGAAUCUCUUCAAACGCCCAUACUCUGAUUAUGAAGAUAGUGUGAUGAAAGACAUGCACGGCAGAGGAAAGGCACAGUUAACACGCCUUGAAUACUGCAAUUUGUAAUUAUCUAACGUCAUGGGGCAUCUGGGUAGGGUGGCGGUCUAUUCUGUCGCCUGCCAACACAGAGACUGCCGGUUCAAAUCCCCAUGUUACCUCCGGCUUGGUCGGGCGUCCCUACAGACACUAUUGGCUGUGUCUGCGGGUGGGAAGCCGGAUGUGGGUAUGUGUCCUGGUCGCUGCACUAGCGCCUCCUCUGGUUGGUUGGGGUGCCUGUUCGGCGGGGGGGGGCUGGGGGGAAUAGCGUGAUCCUCCCACGCGCUACGUCCCCCUGGCGAAACUCCUCACUGUCAGGUGAAAAGAAGCGGCUGGCGACUCCACAUGUACCGGAGGAGGCACGCCCUCCCCGGAUCUGCAGAGGGGGUGGAGCAGCGGCCGGGACGGCUCGGGAGAGUGGGGUAAUUGGACAGGUACAAUUGGGGAGAAAAAGGGGAAAAAUCAAAACAAAAAAAAUGAUGUAAUGCCGUGAACAUCUUCUGCCCUGUAGCACAUGGAGGCUGUGGAGAGGGGCAGGGGUUACAGAAGUGAGCAACUCGG